AAUGGCAAGUUUUAUUAAUAUAUAUCUGUUAACUUUGAGAUUUCUCUAAAAUUGUUUAGUUUUGUUUGCCUAAAUCUGACCCCGUACGUGUCAAAACCUCUUACCAAAACUUUUCCUUUCUCACUUGUGUAGAAGCCUACCCGGGACGAGGCUGUGGCUGACACAUUGGUCUUUUGGGACAUAAAUAUGUUUCCGGUUCCCACGAGCUUCGAUGCUUGCCGGGUCGGUCCGUGCAUUAAACGGUUUUUGGAGCUACAUGGCUACUGUGGUCAUCACACCAUCAACACCGUUGGCAUACUAACAGACGUCCCUCCUUACAUCCUUGAAGCGCUCUCUUCCACUGGAAUCAAUCUUUGUCACGCCCCCCACGGUACCUCAGACAUUAUGUUGCUCAUGUCUCAGUGGAUCUCUAAGAAUCCACCCCCUGCUAAUAUUUUGGGCAUAUGCGAUACGAGAAGCUUCCCUCCUCCUUUGAGUGGAUACAACCUUUUCCGGCCGUUUUCCUAUUCUUCUCCUGAAGAAGACGCCUUCCUCUGGGAAAGCUCUCUUCUGACGGCAGGAGGUGUGUGUUAGUCCCCUCCACCCUCACAGU